AUGGCUAGUGCGUCUGAAGAUGAGGAACUUAUCUGGGAAGAUGUAGAGACUGAUGCACAUAUUGAAUCUGGUCAAAACUUAACAUCAUACGUUCUUAAAUAUAUAGUAGAUGGUUUAAAUCAACUAAUUGGAACAUGA